UCCAAGUGCCAAUAUUCUCUGCGAAAACUUUCACGGGGUCCCGCGAGCUCACCUCGCGGGCCUGCGGGACCUCGCUGUCUUGGGUUUGCGCUGAAUUUUCCACUUUCAGACAAGAUUGCUCAACUACCUAGUAAGUGUAGUAUUUUGAUUCAGAAUAGUUUCAGAAAGAGCAGCAGGGAAAUUAGCUAGUACCCGGGGUUUCAUGAAAGGCUUCCCUUCCCGCCUUCUGCCUUCUUACACUAUAUAAACCCAGCGUUUUCCAGCCUGCCCUAAGACCAUUCGUAUGACUCUGCAACACUCUCACUUCAUUCAACCAGCUCAUAACUUCCAAAGUGAUCCACGCCACCAUGCGCCAGUUCAGUACUUUUGCAAUUCCUGUCCUUCUAGCCACUCUGGACUCCGUCAGUGCGCGGGACACCAUCAAUUUCGGACCGUUCUUCUCCCUCGGUCCUACCAAGUCUUGGAUUCGUGAAGCAAAAACCACCUUGGUACUGCCCGAGGUUCCAGGUGCACUUGACCGUCUUGCAUUGUGGCCGGGAAUGAGCACUAGCGGAGGAGAUCUCAUCCAGGCCUUGGCGGUUUCAUUUGCAGAUCCCAAAGCAAACUGUGGCGCCAGUCAAGGACAAUGGUGUACCUGGGCUAGUACACUCCAAGGCACACAACUUGGCGGAGAUCAGGUUCCAGCAUCUGCCGGAGACGAGCUUGUUAUGCACUACGUAUACAACGACAGCACUGCCGAAUAUGACCAAAGCGUUUCCAUCAACGGAAAGGUCAUCUCUACUUUAUCCACAAAAUCCGGUCAAGCUCAGGGAUGGGGAACUGCAGUCGAAUGCCAAGCGGAUGCCUGUAAGAGUACAGUAGCUGCCCACAAGUAUCUAUCGACUACCCUUGUCUUGAAUGCGGCGGAUAUGUCCUUUGGAGAUACCUUAUCUAUCAACGAGGCGGACUCGACUGGUCUCUCCACACCCGACAACGGAAAGACAUGGAAAGUUUCAACUAUCAACAUUCACUCUCACACUUUUGAUAUUUGAACACUAGUUGUUUCGAGCUUAGACAAUGUGCCUUGAGGGUUUCUUAUUGGGAUAGAAUUGUUUUUAUAUAUUACAUCUGUAUAUAAUAUUUUCGGGGCGCCCUGUCAAAUGCCUAGACUGAG